AUGGAGCGUUUUCCUAUUUUUGGCGAUCAGAAGUGGAAAUUUUUCAAAUUGAUAACAAUACAAGACGGCGAAUGCGGGAAUGGAUAUGAAUGCACAAUUAAUAUUUGGCCAAUCGCCUUCAUUCUUGCAUUAUUUUUCAUUAUUUUUUGCGGUAUUUUUUAUUUUUACAAACGAAAACAACGUCGACAUGAAAAACCAGUGGUAAAUACAAUUUCAAUUGAUGGUCGUUUGAAAAAGGCUUUGGUAGUGUUCAACAAAGAGAAAAACAGUAAAACUCAAAUCUCGGUGAUUCCGAACGUUUUCCUCAGACUCCAAAGAACUCCCCAUGCCAUUUUCAGUCUCUCCAAUGAAACAUCACAAUGUAUUCAAGACUUGGAAUUCUUCAAUAUUGUCUUUCUCAUCACGAUUUUCAAUUUGAUUCGAUUCUGUCGUUUUCCGCAUAAUUCUACGAAUACACAGGUUUUCAGUUUACCAGUUGUCACUCAUCGAAAAACAUGGAAUGAUUAUUUAUAUUUAUUUUUCGUACUGAAAUCUUUGAAUAAUGGGAAUACCAUCGAUGUCAACAUUGAUUUCUCACCGAUGGUUAAGACAACUGAAACUUCCAUCGAACAGAAACCUACGUCGACUGAAGAACGAGAAUUGGUUUGUUUCUGCGAUGGAAGUUAUUCUCAUUUAUUUAAAAUCGGUUAUUCAGGCUUUCGAACAUCGUCUGGAACUUAUCGAUUUCGUUUUCUUUCUGCGAUAUAUCGAAGUACAGAUACAGAAGUUCUUGCUGCAUAUUUAGCAAUCGAAUAUGCGCUAAAACAUCGAUUUGCAAAAUUUCGUCUAUACACGGACAAUUCCAAAGUGAAACAACUUUUUCAACGACAGACAAACAAAGAUGUGACAAGAUAUGCGGACUUUUGUGAAAUUCUUCAGUUGUAUAAACAAAAUUACGGAGAAGAUGCGAUCGAUGUUAUACAAGUUCGUGGACAUACGACGAGAUCUGAACAAAUGAAUUGUAAAAUCAAAAGGGAAUUCGCCAGAAUCGAUCGAUUUGUUCGCAGAAAAACGCGUCAACACAUCCGAAGGUGGCGGAAAACAAANCGACAGACAAACAAAGAUGUGACAAGAUAUGCGGACUUUUGUGAAAUUCUUCAGUUGUAUAAACAAAAUUACGGAGAAGAUGCGAUCGAUGUUAUACAAGUUCGUGGACAUACGACGAGAUUUGAACAAAUGAAUUGUAAAAUCAAAAGGGAAUUCGCCAGAAUCGAUCGAUUUGUUCGAAAGAAAACGCGUCAAUAUAUCAAAAAAAAUGGUAGAAACAAUUCGAAAGUCAUUUUAUGCACAUGUGAUAUAUUCAGAGUAGAUUUACACACACUUCAUCAAGCUGGAAAAAGAACGUAUUUCGCUGAUUGUAUUUCUUUUUUAUAA